AUGGCUGCUGGAGACAACAGCGGCAGGCCUCCGUGCCUUAAUUUCUCUGGUCCAGGUCCUUUGGGCAAUGGCCAGCCCAGCAACAGCGUCUUUUCAAUGCAAACGUCCAACAGCGGAGCCGUCGGGGCGGCGGGCGGGGCGCAGGGAGCGGCCAGGCGUCCCAACCCGCAGCUGGGGCCUGGUGGGGGAGAAAGCAACGGUGUUUCGGCCGGAGCUCCGCCGACUGCGCAGAACUCCCUCCAGCAGCCCGCUCAAGGAGCCGCUGCGGUGGGGGCGGCCGCCGGAGCCAUGGCCACCUCAGCGUCCAACAUGACAACCACCGCGGCGUCCAACGCAUCCCCGGCGGCAGUGCCGACCACACAUUCCUCAUUUUCGGCGACACCAUCCGCUGCGUCGGUGCUGGUGUACCGAGAGCCGGUGUACAACUGGCAGGCGACGAAAAGCACCGUCAAGGAGAGGUUUGCUUUCCUUUUCAACAACGAGGUACUCAGUGACGUUCAUUUUUUGGUUGGCAAAGGAAUGGGGGUGCAGAGGAUACCCGCGCACAGGUUUGUUCUCGCCGUGGGGAGCGCAGUGUUUGAUGCCAUGUUCAAUGGUGGGAUGGCGACGACGUCCACGGAAAUAGAGCUUCCUGAUGUGGAGCCUGCUGCCUUUCUGGCGCUGCUGAAGUUUCUGUACUCUGAUGAGGUCCAGAUAGGGCCUGAGACAGUAAUGACCACACUCUACACAGCGAAAAAGUAUGCAGUGCCUGCACUGGAGGCUCACUGUGUGGAGUUUCUCAAGAAGAACCUAAGGGCAGACAAUGCUUUCAUGCUGCUUACACAGGCACGGUUGUUUGAUGAGCCUCAGCUGGCAAGCCUGUGUCUAGAAAACAUUGACAAGAAUACUGGGGACGCUCUUGCUGCUGAAGGCUUUACUGACAUAGAUUUGGACACAUUGGUGGCAGUGCUGGAGAGGGAUACUCUAGGGGUGAGGGAGGUGCGUUUGUUUGGGGCUGCAGUGCGCUGGGCGGAGGCAGAGGCCCACAGGCAGCAGCUGCAGCCAACUCCGGAGAACAAACGCAGAGUCCUGGGAAAGGCCCUCACACUCAUCCGCUUCCCUCUCAUGACCAUUGAGGAGUUUGCUGCAGGUCCAGCCCAGUCCAGUAUUCUGACUGACAGGGAGGUGGUGAGUCUGUUCCUCCACUUCACCGUCAAUCCAAAGCCACGUGUGGAGUUCAUUGACCGGCCUCGCUGCUGCCUCCGUGGGAAGGAGUGCAGCAUCACACGGUUUGGACAGGUGGAGAGCCGCUGGGGCUACAGCGGGACAAGUGACCGCAUACGGUUCUCAGUAAACAGAAGGAUAUUUGUGGUCGGGUUCGGUCUCUACGGGUCUAUACAUGGACCCACAGACUACCAAGUCAAUAUACAGAUAAUUCACACUGACAGUAACACGGUGCUGGGCCAGAACGAUACCGGCUUCAGCUGUGAUGGGUCUGCCAACACCUUCAGAGUCAUGUUCAAAGAACCAGUGGAAAUACUACCCAACGUCAACUACACUGCCUGUGCUACACUUAAGGGUCCAGACUCUCACUAUGGUACUAAGGGAAUGCGAAAGGUAACGCAUGAGUCAUCAUCCACCGGCACAAAAACCUGUUUCACCUUCUGCUAUGCAGCAGGCAACAACAACGGCACUUCAGUAGAGGACGGACAAAUCCCCGAGGUCAUCUUCUACACGUAGUCGCCCCUGACCUCGUGUUGACCUUUUCACCUUGAUGUGACAAGCUGACCUCAGUCUGGUGCCAGAUUUCAGCGGUUAGACUGUGGCUAAUCUCUCAGACAACAUCCUAUUGUUCUCUCCAUAUAGUGUACUGCUGUUGGCCACAUAGGAGGGUGAAUAUCUGUGAGGCAAUGUAGGUCACUACAUGGGGCGUAGCUUGUCAUCUGAGAUGCUGCCUCUCUCUUUCUCAAUGGUCUUCUUUAUCCCAUUGUGUUGUUCCCACAGUGGGGUGGAGGGAGGAUGUCGAUGUUGGAAGUUAUUAAGUGAUGUAAGUCGUUUAAACAACGAGAGAGGGAGAGAGAGAGACAGAGAGAGAAGGGCCGAGACAGAUACAGAGAGAGAGAGGAGCCUCUCAGACUGUGAUGCAGUAUUGAUGUCACUGCUGUGGACUGAAGACAUAAACCUUAACACUGAAUUUUACUUUAGCUGUAUGAUUCCCCUUCUUGUACUCGAGCUGCAUUAGAGCAAAGGAUUCGCAGUUGUAUGAAUGUACAGAUUAUUUUGUCCCCACUCACAUUUGCCUAGAGAAGAGCCUUCUCACUGUUGCAGAGCAAAGCAGAAUUUCACUCAUUUCCACACCAGCUGUAACUCCCAGACUCAUAGAAUUCAUAGGCUUAACCGAACUCUUGUGGCAGAUCUGAAUGGGUGUGGCUGGAGACAAUAUGAAAAGCCGCAGACAAACUGUAAUGCGUUCAGAAAUGUAACCCUUUGGGGAAAAAAAGUCUACAUCUAAAAUCUACAGAUUAAAACAUUUGUGAGUACCACAUACAAUCUGUGACACCACAUCCUUGCUUGAUAGUUGCCUGUACCCAAGAUACCUUGCACUUCUUGGUCUUGCAUAUGUUCAUUGGUUGUUUUAACUAUGGAUGCACACUAACUCCUCCUUGGAAAUGUUUCUUUGCAGCCUUGUUUUAAAAUGUACGGGUGUAAAAGACCCUUCCCUCUUGGUGCAGAAGUUAAAGGGUUGUAUAUUAAACUGGCAUUUAUUAACAUUGAUGUAACUUGAAAUAACUAUGGAUUAAAGAGUGAGACAAAG